AUGGAUAGACGUACCCCCUACACCUUGAGUGUCCUGGAUGAUGGGACCAACAUCGCCGAGGAUUCACGCACUACCUAUCAAAAUCGUCUGCGGAAUUUCGUCCUUGAAUUCCAGCUGGAUAAUUCCUUCAUCUAUCGUGACCAAUUACGACAGAAUGCACUUGUGAAACAAUACUAUUGCGAUAUUGACAUCGCCCACCUAAUUUCCUACAACGAGGAGUUGGCACACAAACUCACCUCCGAGCCGGCUGAUAUCAUCCCUCUGUUUGAGUUAGCGCUCCAAGACUGCACUCGGCGUAUUGUCUACCCCGGCCAGCGGGACGUCAUCCUUCCUUCUCAUCAGGUUCUUCUUCACUCGUCGGCCACCCACAUUUCCAUUCGCGACCUUAAUGCCACCAAUAUCUCCCACCUGGUCCGAAUCCCAGGUAUCGUGAUUGGCGCUUCCACCAUUUCAUCCAAGGCGACCACAGUCCAUAUUCGUUGUAAGAACUGUGACCACAGCGAAAAUAUUCAUGUCGAUGGUGGCUUCUCCGGCCUUUCACUACCCAGAAGCUGUGGCCGCACCAGAAAUCCAGGCGACCAGCCCGAUGAGAAAUGUCCCUUGGAUCCGUACGUGGUACAUCACGAGAAAUGUCAAUUUGUGGACCAGCAGGUUCUCAAACUCCAAGAAGCACCUGAUCAGGUGCCAGUAGGUGAAUUGCCUCGCCAUGUCCUGAUUUCGGCCGAUCGCUACCUGGCGAACCGAGUUGUUCCUGGCUCCCGCUGCACAGUUAUGGGUAUUUUUUCGAUCUACCAAGCCAAGGGUCGCAAGGAGGCCGCGGUUGCUAUUCGCAAUCCUUAUCUGCGUGCGGUGGGCAUCAACACUGACCUGGAUCAAACUGCCAAGGGCAGCGCAGUCUUCUCCGAAGAGGAAGAGCAAGAGUUCCUAGAACUCAGCCGCCGCCCUGAUCUGUAUGACGCCCUUGCCCGGAGUAUUGCCCCCUCCAUCUACGGUAACGUCGACAUCAAGAAGGCCAUCGUUUGUCUAUUGAUGGGGGGAUCCAAAAAGAUUCUCCCCGAUGGAAUGAAGCUGCGUGGUGAUAUCAACGUCCUCAUGCUUGGUGACCCUGGUACCGCCAAGUCUCAGCUGUUGAAGUUCGUUGAAAAAGCCGCUCCUAUCGCGAUCUACACUUCCGGAAAGGGUUCCUCUGCGGCUGGUUUGACUGCCUCUGUCCAACGAGACCACUCUACUCGCGAGUUCUACCUUGAAGGCGGUGCCAUGGUUCUGGCUGAUGGUGGUGUGGUUUGUAUAGAUGAGUUUGACAAAAUGCGCGAUGAGGACCGAGUGGCCAUUCACGAGGCCAUGGAACAACAGACUAUCUCCAUCGCAAAGGCUGGAAUCACCACAAUUCUCAACUCCCGGACAUCAGUCCUGGCAGCAGCUAACCCGGUUUUCGGACGAUAUGAUGACCUGAAGACCCCCGGUGAGAACAUCGAUUUCCAAACGACCAUUCUCUCCCGUUUUGAUAUGAUCUUCAUCGUUCGUGACGACCACGAGCGAAGCCGUGACGAAAAUAUUGCACGUCACGUUAUGGGUGUGCACAUGGGUGGUCGUGGUAUGGAGGAGCAAGUGGAAGCUGAGAUCCCAGUUGAUCAGAUGAAGCGCUACAUCAGUUACUGCCGCAGUCGCUGUGCCCCUCGUUUGUCCCCCGAGGCGGCCGAGAAACUCUCAUCCCAUUUCGUCACCAUCCGUAAACAGGUACAUCGCACCGAGCUUGAAUCUAACACUCGGUCUUCCAUUCCCAUCACCGUCCGUCAACUGGAAGCCAUCGUUCGUAUUACGGAAUCCUUGGCCAAGCUUUCACUGUCUCCAAUUGCCACCGAGGCCCAUGUCAACGAGGCGAUCCGUCUAUUCCUGGCAUCUACUAUGGAUGCCAUUACUCAGGGUGAUGGCCAGGGCAGCAAGGAGCUCAUGGAAGAAGCUACCAAGAUUGAAGACGAACUAAAGCGCCGUCUGCCCCUCGGCUGGAGCACCAGUCUAGCGACACUGCGCCGGGAGUUUGUUGACGGCAAAGGAUACACUGAGCAAGCGCUCAACCGGGCAUUGGUGAUUCUGCAGCGGCGGGAGACCGUUCAGAUUCGCUCCGGUGGUUCUCAGAUCUACCGAAACAAUCCUUGA